AUGAGUUUAAUUUUCUCCACUGAAGAAGGAUGUAUUGUGUCACACUUAAAGUAUCUUAAUAAUAUUUAUAAAAACGUAAAAAAUGGUGAUACACGAUGUAAACUAGUCUUUAAUGAAACGUUAUUUGAAAUAAAUUCUCAGUAUUUACGACAAAAUCAAAUAAUUCAAUCCGAACAGAACGAAGGGAUUUUGUUACAAAGUAAGAGUAGAAAAAGAAAACGAUCUAAGCUUUUACCAGAUGAAGAUUUGAAAGAAAUAAAUUACAUUCAAGAAACAUUCAGCAAAAUAAUUUCAUUUGCAAAAGCAGAGGGAUUAUUUUUUACUAACACAUCAUCUGAUAAUAAUGAGGCAGCACGCUUGGCAUCACAAACAUUUUAUCAGGAUACAUUUUGCAACGAAGAAGAAAAUUUUUACGGUUGUAAUGAUACAGAUGUAGUUAUCACAUCAGAAUUAAAGGACAAAAAAUAUGUUUUCCCUCAGAAAUGUAGAUUUUAUUGCUAUGAUGUUGGAGACAUUGCAACAAAGCUGGACCUAGGCAACCAAUAUGAUUUUGUAUUGUUGGAUCCUCCUUGGUGGAACAAGUCCAUAAGAAGGAAAAGAACCAGCUAUUCAGAAGCUAGCUAUAAAAUGAUGUACAAUGAAGAUUUGGCCAAAAUACCAAUUGGGAAACUAUUAUGUUCAACUGGACUUGUUGCAAUAUGGUGCACCAAUGCACCAAGUCAUUUACAUAGUAUCUUUAAUGAUAUAUUCCCAUCAUGGGGUAUUACAUACAGAGCGAAAUGGUAUUGGAUUAAAAUUACUCAAGCAGGAAAUACUAUAUGUAAUUUUAAUUUUGCACCUGGUAAACAACCGUAUGAACUGCUAGUUCUGGGAUCUGUGUUAAAUGGAAGUGAAAUAAACAUUCCUGAUGGUAAACUAUUAAUAAGUGUACCAAGUGCAGUACAUUCUCAUAAACCACCACUCACAGAAGUUAUGAAAGAGUAUCUCCCAAGUGAACCAAAAUGUUUAGAAAUAUUUGCAAGGUACUUACUUCCUAGCUGGACAAGUUGGGGUCUUGAAGUGUUAAAGUUUCAACAUUUAUCACUAUAUACAGUAAUAGAAGAAAAAGAAGCUCAAAGCAAUACUGAUAUGGUUGUAAAUAAAUUAUAA